CUGCCGCCCGAGCCGCGAGUGACCUGCCGUCUGGAGGCGCGCGCGCGUGGUCCGUUAGCUCUCCGGUAUCGUCGGCGGCGUUGGUGACGCGCAGCGUUGGCCGGCGCACCAGACGGCAGUGAUGCCCUCGCACAGCUACAAGGUUAAUGACCCAGUGCAGACGAUGAGCUACCGUCGGAGCGGCGGCCCGGCCGCGCCGGGUCACCGGGAGAACGGCGGACACCAGAACGGCGGUGGCGCGCCGCCGCCGCCCUCCUCCUGGAAGAACAGCUACGUGCCGGCCUACAGCAAUGGCAAGAGCAAUGGACAGCCGCUGGAGCCGCUGGCCGUCCAGCCGAAGACGGACGUGACGCAGACGCAGGAGCGUGGCCAGUGGGCCUCCAAGUGGGAGUUCAUCUUCUCCUGCAUUGGCCUGUCGGUCGGCAUCGGCAACGUGUGGCGCUUCCCCUACCUCGCCUACGAGAACGGCGGCGGAGCGUUCCUGAUUCCGUACGUCAUCAUCCUGUUCCUGGUGGGGAAGCCGAUGUACCUGAUGGAGACGGCCAUCGGCCAGUACAGCCAGCUGGGGCCCGUCUCCAUGUGGAAGAUGGCGCCCGUCAUGAAAGGCGUGGGAGCGGCCAUGGUCGUGAUGUCGGUGAUCGUCGCCAUCUACUACAACGUCAUCAUGGCAUACACGCUGUUCUUCACGUUCGCCUCAUUCCAGUCUGGCGCCGCGCCCUGGAGCGAGUGUCAUGAUUGGUUCGCUGACGACAACUGUUUCGUGCGUAACUCUUCCUUCCCGGCGUGCAAGUACCUAGUAUUGCAGAACAUCACCAACUUCACAGCCGGCGUCACCUGCCACACCAAGACCGAGCUGGCCUCCGAACAGUACUUCAAAAACUACGUGUUGCGUGUGACGGACGUCGGCCUGGAGACGCCGGGCGUCAUUGGCGACAUCAACUGGCAGCUGGCGCUGUGCCUGCUGCUCUCAUGGAUCAUCGUCUUCCUCUGUCUGAUGAAGGGCGUCAAGAGCUCGGGCAAGGUGGUGUACGUGACAGCCACACUGCCCUACAUCUUCCUGAUCGCCAUCCUGGCGUACGGCUGCACGCUGCCCGGCGCCAUCGAAGGCGUCAAGUUCUUCUUCAUCCCCGAGUGGGAGAAGCUCAAGGACAUCAACGUAUGGCAGAAGGCGGCUGAGCAAAUGUUCUUCUCGCUGAGCGUGUCCUGGGGAGGCAUCAUCAUGUUCGGCUCCUACAACAAGUUCAACAACAAGGUGCACAUCGACGCCAUGCUGAUCACCUCGCUGGACUUCAUCACCUCCAUCAUCGCGAGUGUGGCCGUCUUCAGCAUCAUGGGCUCAAUGGCCCAGUCUGCAGGAGUCAAGGUGGACCAGGUGGUCAAGUCAGGCCAGGGCCUGGCCUUCAUCGCUUUCCCAGAGGCCAUCGGCGCAGUGCCCGGCUGGCAGAUUUGGUCCGUCCUCUUCUUCAUCAUGCUCUUCACCCUCGGGCUCGACACGGAGUUUGCCCUGCUGGAGACGGUGACUACUGCCGUCUACGACGCGUUUCCGUCCACAAGAAAGAGCAAGGCGCUCGUCACCCUCAUCGCCUCCAGCUCCUGCUUCUUGAUGGGGCUUCCGUGCGUCUCCCAGGCGGGCCCGUACAUCCUGCACCUGAUGGACAACUUCGGCGGCCUGGGCGUCAUGGUGAUCGCCGUGUUCGAGCUGGUCGGCAUCAUGUGGGUGUACGGCGUGCGGCGCUUCGCCGACAACCUCCAGUUCAUGGUCGGCUUCCGACCCAGCAUCUUCUGGAAGGUCUGCUGGGCGUUUGUGUCGCCCGUGAUGCUGGCGUCCAUUUUCGCGUACUCCAUGUACGAAUAUAAGCCGCCCACGUACGGCGACUACGAGUUCCCAGAGUGGGCCAUUUACGUCGGCUGGGGCCUGGUCGGCGUCUCCCUGGUGCAGAUACCGCUCUGGGCACUGUGCACCAUGCUCUACUACCUCUGCAGAUGGAGGCCGAAGCAGGCGUUCCAGCCGCUACCCAGCUGGGGGCCCGGCGACAGGGAGGCGCGCAGCAGACUGCUGGCGCUCCAGCACCAGAUGCACCAACGGGACCGGCUGCGUGGCCUCGACAACCACGCCAUGGAGCUGGAGCGAGUAUAGGCCCGCUGCGGCAUGCGCCGAACGUCCUAGGUGCUGUGCAUAGGUGGCGCUGAGAACGCCGGCGAGUGCUGUAUAGGAGGCGCUAUGGGGUGAGUGGACCAGGGGGUGAUGGAUGCCAGUCGAUGAGAAGCGGCUAAGAUGCGCCAGACGGUGGUCUUGACAGCGUCCGCCGGCCACCAGAGGCCGUGUGCCAGUCGACGGGCUGGCGGCUAAGAUGCGCCAGACGGCGGUCUUGACAGCGUCCGCCGGCCACCAGAGGCCGUGUGCCAGUCGACGGGCUGGCGAGGCGCGUGGCCGCCAUCGGCAGCAUCGCCCACGCACGGAGGGAACUCACCGACGGGCUGCGUCGUUGGCCGGCGCCGGCCAGGAAGGCGGGUCUCCAGCCCGCCGCUGUGCCAGCCGCCGCUCAGAGCGAUCAGCUGCAGCGGAAGAUCAGGCAGGGAAGCACGGCAAGCGAGGGGCGGCCGCAUGUGCAGAGUGAGGUGGCAGGGAGGCGCGAGAGCGAGAGGCGGCUGCAUGUGCAAAGUGAGGUGAAUAGAGCGACACAGUCUGGUCGAGGCCCGCCAGCGAGGUGGACAAGGCGGCGGAGCCUGGUCGAGGCCCGCCAGUGAGGUGGAUAGGGCAGCGGAGCCUGGUCGAGGCCCGCCAGUGGGGUGGAUAUGGCGGCGGAGCCUGGUCGAGGCCCGCCAGUGAGGUGGAUAUGGCGACGCAGUCUGGUCGAGGCCCGCCAGCGAGGUGGAUAGGACAGCGGAGCCCGGUCGAGGCCCACCAGCGAGGUGGAUAGGGCAGCGGAGCCCGGUCGAGACCCUCCAGCAGCUGAUCAUGCCUUGUUCCUGAACUGUGUCGAGGAGGAAACUGUUUGUGCACUGGUUUCCAGCGUGAGAAGUCGUGUUCUACAGCGAUGACAGCUCUUUUACGAGUGCGUUUUACAAGUGCAAGCUCUUGCAAGUGUGGCUGAAACAUCGGAUCAAUGGACCAAACUCAAACGAGCACCAGGGCAACAUACCAUCAUUAAGCAAGCAAUCGUUCCAUCCCGUCACAAAUAUUGUGACAUAAGACACUUUGAUACCAUUUUAGCAAGCUUUUCUGAUGCUCAUAUCCAUCUUGUCCAUCUGUAAAUAGCCUAUCGCGCGAGCAUGCCUUGGUAUAUGAAAAUGUGACACUAUGCGAACAUAUAAAUAGCAUUCACCGAGACCCCGGAAUUCCACCGUGCAUGUUGAUAACGCCGAACAAUAAAUGACAUACAAAACACGA